UUCCUGAACAGCUGAGCCCGGGCUUACCCCCAUCUCACCACUACGCAUAGGGUCUGUCUGCUUUCCUGCCAUUCUACGGUGCGUCCCCCAGGCUGGCCAUGCUGCAGGACUUGGAGCAGAGAGUCCAACAACUGGCAUCCAGCUCCGUGAUCCUGGGUCUCAGUGCAGGCUUGGUUAGGGAGCUCAUUACAGACAGGAGUCAGAUCCUAAACAGCCUGUUGGAAUCCCAGAUGUCCAAGCUGUAUGUGAGCGACCAACCAGCAGCACCUGAUAUCAGUCAGGCCAGAGAGAGGCUGCAGGCCCUGAGGGAGAGUAUGGACAGGAAUGAGGAGAGCCGGGGAGCAAGGGUACAUAGGCCCCUGCAGCAGUUUGUGCAGAAGGAAUGGGACAGCAUCAUCUCUGUUGUGUCUUCUAUGCUAUCUGAGCUUAGCCAAUCAAGUGGCUGUAACAAGACAUUGAGCUCCUGGGAUUCCUCUCAAACACUGUUCUUGUUGCAUCAGUUGGAGUCCCAGGCAAAGCUGCUAGGAGCCUACCUUUGGGAGGAGACACCCCCUGCAGUCUACCACCUUUCUGCCUUCCAGAAUCCUAAGGGUUUCUUGGUGGCUGUGUUGCAAGAGCAAGCCCGAGCUGAACAGAGGGACAUCAGCAAUUUUUCCCUGCAGUACCAGGUCCUCAAAACCAGUGCCAUUCCGUCAUCUCCGCCACACAGCGGUAUCUACAUCACAGGCCUAGAGCUGCACGGUGCACUGUGGGAUACACGUCUGGGUGCUGUCCAGGAGACACUGUCCAUCCAGCCAUGCCAGCUGCCGGUGGUGUGGGUCAGAGCCACAGCAGACAUCACCACAGCAACCAGCAGCCCUUCCUCUUUUCCCCUGUACCUCUGCCCUGUGUACAAGGACUUGAUCCCUGGGGAUCUCAUGGACACGGACAAAAUCACUUACAUCCCCCUGGUAGCCAAGCUUCCCCCCACCCUCUGCAAGAUAAGACGAGUUAGAAUCAUAAUCAGGCAACUGACCACAGACCUUUAAAUAACAGCAUCUUUUACUGAAAUAAUCUAGGCUAAAUAAUUGUUUUUAAUAUAAAACAAAUGACCUUUCAAUAAACUUGGUAUACAGUGAAAUUUAGGAACAAUUUUGAAAAAGUAUUGAAUCUAACAUUACAUUUAUAGAAUGUCUCUUGGCUCACACAUUUACACAGGUAUUUCAUCGAUUACAUAUGUUACUAUUUAGGAUUAGCCCUUUUCCACAUUUCACAAUUAGAUAUAUACACACAUACACAUUUAAAUGGUUUUCAUAUCUAAAAUAAAUAUUACUUUGAAAAUACCUGUAAACUGUAGUCACCUUCCAAUCAAGUAUUAUGGCUACAUUAGUAAUCCAUCAAUUGACAAGAUACAUUUAUUAUUAAAGAUCACAGUCUUAUAAACGUGAUAGUUCAAUGUCUCUCUGUGCUGUAAGUAUCACUAAGACAUAUACCGAGAAUCCCAUCCAUUAGGGGCUUUGUGUCCACUGUAGUUAACUGGGGGGGGUGCCCAUUUUGAGCCACUUUGAAGCCCAUUUGGUUUCCAAACUACACUGUCAAUUGUCUUUCUUCAUCUCUUCUUGUACAUGCAGGGCUUUAGUUCCAGACCUGCUGUAUGGCUUUUCCCUUCAGAUUCCGUUGUCUUGAUUAACUCAAAAGUGUAGAAAUAACAGUAACUAGUGUCCUAAAAAAACAGAAAAAGAGAACACAUCAGAUUAUAAUUAAAGGCAGAGCAAUUACAAAAUGUACAAUUGUGCGACUUAAGCUUAGAGACUGUUUUUUGGAAUAGUCAGUUACAUCUCUUCUCAUCAACCCCUGUAAACAGAACUCUGUAUUGUUAAUCACAUUGGAUUUCAGUAAAAUCUAAAUAAAAUUAAAAAUAUUCAGUAUGUAUUCAAUAA